AUGGCUUUCAUAGCGACUGGCAAGAUCAACAGCUUUCCUAAAACUAUGUUGGUCAGUAUCCAAGGUGCUAUGAUCGCUGAAGCUCUUGUGAUCUUUGUGGUUGGACUGAUUGAGGUGACGAGAUGGGCGACGGAUUUGGUGUUGGGGCUGCAACUCGGUUAUGAGAAGAAGCUGGGAUUGAUAUCUUUAUGGUUGAUGGGACAGAAAUGCACGAUUGUGGUAGGUGAAAGCCAACAUACUCCUAUCUCGACUCAAACGACAUCGCACAUAUCGCUGAGAAACCCUGAUAGACGUGACCAUAAGGGUCACAAAAUGAUCAUCAAAGAUGAGAAAAUCGAAGCAAUCAGACACAUUCUCUGCACAUCUUCGUACAGAGACCAUUAUUUCGAGCAAUUUGCGACAGCUGAGAGUCCUUUACACAGAGGAGAACACAUAACUGGUCAGGCUGUGAUGAGCUUGGUAGAUAGUCUCCUGAUGACUCCACCAGAGAUUCCACGUCCCAGUUUGCACAUUUGUGAGGAAGGUGUCACAAGAUCUCGUAACCCUUGGAGCGAAAGCCACUCGCAGCUUGAAGAGAUCACCGAAUCAAGUAUAGAUGUCCCCAUAACAAGUGUUUCACCGACCUUUGCACGUUUCCCGCCUCUCUGCACAAAAUGCCAAGAUCGGCACAUCCUGAAAGAUUCGUUUCGAAAACAGAACGCACAGUUUGAGGUCUGCACGUUUCUUAGUACUAUACAUAAGUCUGCCUUUGACGAGGCUGAACAGCCAGUCAGGCUCCAGCCAGCCCGGACUAGCCGAGAUCUACAUAUCUUCGACAAAUUCAUUGAAGAAAGUUACGCACGUUCUUGCGGAGCAGCCGGUGCGGGUGUGCCAAGAGUACUCAACGAAACCAUGAUCAUUAUCCCAUCUACAAACUUUUGUACGUUUCUGGAGCAUCGCGGCUGCGUCACCGUUGAUCCAGGGCCGACGCUUGUUUGUCCGUAUGUAGCCCAAGGCCGCGAGGACUUCGUGCAUAAAGUUCCAAAAAAAAACGUGCAGAAGGCACUGGAAAAGAGGAUUGACAACUUUGACCUCAAAGUAUUGACCGCAGACCGACAUCUGUGCGUUUUUCUGUAA